AUAUAUUAUAGGUUUUAAAUUUUCUUAAUGUGUUAAUGUUUUUAUUCCUAUCUAAGAGUAGUUUUUGUAUUUUCAACCUUACGAUCUGAAGAAUAUUUUACUUGUUGGAUUCACUGAAGUGUGAACUUUUCUGAAGACAUAACAAUGUCACUACCAACAACACCAGGGUCACCGCCAGGGGCAAAGGAGAGCGGAACUCUACAGACAUACUUCCAGGCCCUAGGACAAUUUGCGUAUGACAAGGCAAAGGAAUUAAUGGACAAGGAGAAGGAGAUCCACAAGGCAACGUUCGGCUCCUCGUGGGGGUUGAUGGUGCACACGCUCUCGCAGUUCGCCACAGCUGAGAAGACAUACAAUUCCCUGGGAUUUCUCGAACAGAAGUGGUUUGGUCGCCCAAAAGAUACAUUACGUAACUCCUACCUCGUUCUUCUCCAAGAGUUACGGCGCAUGGAAGAGGCAGUCAGACAGCAGGACAGUGUUGCUAUGGGGAUGCCGGGCCCAGGGGCGGACUUUGAAAUCCUCCUAUCACAUCUCUGUGGUCAGCUGUGUGAAUACAUCCGUGCCAGGCAGAAAACAAUGGACUUCUAUGAACAGAUCAGCCUUAUGGGGACCAAUAAGAAUAUGAAUUACCAAGACCUGGUGGAGGUUAUAGCAGAGAUCAUCCACGUACACAGCCGCAACUUUCACCAUCCCAUACUGGCCUCACUGAAGUCAGGGUUUACGUCGGAGUGUGACAUAGUCAGCCACCUUCUUCAGGCCCAACUUCUAAUGGCCGAGGGUCAGUUCCUACCCUCCCUUCUUCAACUCCACCAGGCCCACAGUAAACUGACUAGCUGGGGUGCAGCCUCACAAGCAAGAGAGACAGUUAAGAAGGGAAUGUUUGGUUCCACCACCAAAACACUUUCCUCCUUGCCAGCUCUUUACUCCUGGUUGCUAAGAUACAAGUGUCUUCUUGUUGCCAAGUUCAGCCUGUACUUCUAUGAUGUGCUCUCCAAGCAAACAACGUCAGUAGAUAUGAAAGGUCUAUCUGCCAAGAACUGUGAGGACUAUGUUGCCAAGGUUACAGCAUUCCAGAAGAAGAGUGAUGCGAGCCACGUAUGUCUUGUGCUGGACACUCAGGGGCUAGAGAGUCCAUAUAGGGGUCCAGGGUAUACACAUCCUGAUCGCCAGGGUGACACACCCAAGGGGCUGGACAGUUACCCCACUAUCUUCUCAUUCCCAGGGGAGCAGCCUGUUGGUCACUGGCCAAAUGUUGUAAUGCUCAUUUCUGACAGACAGGCAGACACCGACAGGGUCCAGUUUGUUUAUGAUAAGGCUGUUCAAAGCACUUACUUUAUCACAAGUAUUGAGCCACGGAUUUACCUGGUAGUGAUUUAUGAGACAAAGAAGUCGGAGAAAGACUCGUAUGUGAACAGUUUUAUGCUGGAACUUAGUUCUUUACUGCGCUGCAUCAAACACUUUGCCGGUCUCAAGCCUGGCUCCAGAGUUGGGGGAUCAAGGAAGUGAUAUGGACUGAAGCUGUUUAAAAUGUUUUGUUAACUGUGCAAUAAAUUUAUACAUUGAAA